AUGAUGCAGUGCAGUUCGCAUUUCUGCAAGAUGGUGGAGAAAGUUGACAUAGCGAUGGUUGGCAACGAAUACUUUUUUCAGUGUUUUUGCAGCAUUUGAAAGUUUUUAACCAGAUAGGGACAGCAUUAUGGGUGUUAAGGGAGGCGAGGAAGCAGAAACACAAGCUCUUGUGCCAAGCAACGGGGCGACAUGGGUGCAUCAGUCGCUUGCUCAGGUAAAGAUUAAGGUGAUGCGUGGUCACACGGACUCGGUGAACUCUUGUCGAUUCUGUUUUGACGAUGCCAAGAUUGUGACAGCCUCACACGACAAGACCAUCAGAUUAUGGGAUGCAUCUUCAGGGAACCAAUUGAAAGUGUACACUGGACACACGUCAAUCAUUACCAGCUGUCACCCCAACACAACAAGCAGAAAGUUGAUAUCAGGUGGCUGGGACAAGACCUUGAUAAUGUGGGAUGUUGAGACUGGUUGUGCCUUGUGGCAAGCUGUCCAGGAAGGCAUUGUGACCACAUGUCAUUUCUCAAGCGAUGGCAAGUACGUGGUGUCUGGAAAUGACCUGGACUAUGCUGUCUGUGUGUGGGAUGCAAGAGAUGGCAAGCUGAUCAAGAAACUCUUUAAUCACCGUAAUACCAUCACUUGUUGUCGUUUUUCACCCCUCCACAACCGUAUCUGUUCCACAUCCAUGGACAGCACCACCAAGAUUGUAGACGUGCGAACAUUUGACACCUCAAGCAACAACGUCACACUUAGUCUUGGUGGCCACAUCAAUAUUGUGUCCACCUGUUGCUUCUCAAGUGAUGAGCACAUGCUGGCAACAGGAUCUUGGGACAAGAAUAUCCAGCUAUGGGAUGUAGCGACGGGCGUGUACAGGACACAAGGUCCUAUAACACUUUCUAAAGGCCAUGAGGGCUCAGUGAGUUCCUGUCACUUCACCAGGGAUGGCAGUUCUCUGGUCUCUUCAUCGUAUGAUGAAACCUUAGUCAUAUGGGAUGUGGACAACUCCUGCCAGAAGUUUGCAUUAAAAGGUCACGCUGGAUGGGUAAAUGACUGCAGAUUCAGUGAUGACCAAAACUGGGUUUUAUCAUGUUCAAAGGAUAAGACUGUGCGGUUAUGGAAUAUUGAGUCAAGCGAUGACAUUCCAGUCGUUCUGGAGCACAGAAAGAAUAUUGGUUUGAGGAUUGUACAGUGUAUAAGUUGCAGUAAGCCUUUCUCUAUUGCUCAGCUGGAGGAGUCUGACAAUGUAAAGUACUGUGUUUUCUGUCGUCUUGAGCACCCUUCAAUGUACACCCCUCCAGACACUAACUAAGGCAUGUGUUCCCGAAAAAUGCAGAGCUUUUUUAAGUCUAAGACACUGGUAAGAGACCUGGCUCAUGGAUGCAGGCCCUUUCAUGAACACUAAUUUUUGUUAGCUGCCCGAGGAGGAAUUUGAAAAGCAUGAAAUGCAAUCCUGAAGACAGAGGCACAUUGGAAAGAAAUGCAUGCUCAAAAAAAAUGUGCAUAAGCCUAUGCUCAUAAAAUCUUGUUUUUCAAGAAAAUCUCAUCAGUACAAUCAAAGGCAACACAUGUGCGCAUGGCACAUCACAUUAUCUGUAUAACAAUAAAUCCACAUAAGUUAUCCCACUUACAGUAUUUAUAACAGAGCCACCAUCAUCUUGCCGGUGUUGUGGAUCUAAAUCACCCUACUGCAAGCUACAUUACCGCACUGGAGCGAUGUACUGUAAAAGGCUCGACUUGACUGCAGAGCUGUUACAAUUAACACCAAGGACUAAGGGAUUAGGGAGAGGUUAACAAAUUGAACAUGUGAUUGUAUGUCGAAUUGUCUGAUGACAUGGAGUUGAGAAGUUUAUGGUGGUCGUGAAUAGUAAGACAUGCGGUAAUGAGCCAUACAUUUAAAUGCAUGUAGAUUGCAUGUACAUAUAGAUAUAUAUUCUGUUAUUUUGAAGAAGUGUAUGAAUAUUAUAAUGUAUAAUACCUCUCUAUGUACAAAGUGUGAAAUAAAUAUUUAAUAUUAUAAAACUCUAA